AUGUCCUCCAUCCGAAGCACUCAUACCACCACUAACCUCGUCGAAGACUUCGUCAUUGCCUCCCUCAUCGCCGUCUCCUGGUACAAUGCCCUCGAGCUGGUCGUCCUCUGCUUCACCACCUUCAAGAAAUAUGGCGGCUUCUACUUCUGGGCCCUCCUCGUCUCCUCGCUCGGCAUCCUCCCCUUCGGCGUCGGCUAUAUCCUCCUCAUCUUCAACGUCUACCCGGGCUAUUUCGCCGUCUCGCUCGCAGACGUAGGCUGGUGCGCCAUGGUCACCGGACAAUCCCUCGUCCUCUGGUCACGGCUCCAUCUCGUCGUCUACUCGCGCAAGGUCCUGCGCGGCACACUGGCCAUGAUCAUCAUCGACGGAGUCAUCCUGCACACCAUCGGCUGGGUGUUCGAAAUGGGCGCCCAGUCCCCGUCGACGGGAUGGUUCACGCCCGCCUUUGGGAUUUUCGAGCGCGUCCAGCUCAUCGGCUUCUCCAUCCAAGAAAUCAUCCUCUCCGUCAUCUACACCAAGGCGGCGCUGCGACUUCUGAAGCUGCGCCCGCGACGGCAGUACCGCUCGACGUUGGUCCAGCUGGUCAUCGUGAACGUCCUCUUCAUCCUGAUGGACGCCGCCAUCGUCAGCUUCCAAUACGCGGGGCUCUUCCACGUGCAUGUCUCCUUCAAGGCGGUGGUGUACAGCGUCAAGCUGAAGCUGGAGUACGCCAUCCUGGGCAAACUGGUCCACAUGUCGGUCAUGUCGCACUCGAAUUCGGCGCCGACGGAUCCGUCCGAUGCGCUGGAGAUGUCGAGGCGGACGCAUAAUCAGUCGCGUCUCGACCGAACGAGGGAUCGGGAACACCGCGAGAGCCAGACGAGUAUUAUUCGUGAUGGGGCGGGGUUUCUCGACGGUGAGGAUUUCACCGAGGGCUCACGGAGGGGCUCGACCAAGGGGUCGUUUCCGUCGACGAUCAAAGAUCCCGAGCCUGCGUGUGCUGAGGUGCAUUAUCCGUCCUGA